UUUGCGCUUCUCUGAUUGGUCGUCAGUGAGGACGCGCUUUAUGGCGGCGUAAACAAUGUCUGCUGCAAAUGCCUGAACUUCAUUAAACUAUUCGACCCGGGUACUGAUAAUAAUACCAUUUGCGGACUAACACAAUUGUCUUUUAUAGUUUAGGCUCACUGGCCACCACUGCAGGCGACACAAAAAGCGGUGUAAAAACGACCAGCUAGUCUUUAGCUAUAGCUACAUCUCCGCUGCAGAGUUCAUAGAGCGGCUCUAGCGGAGGCAUUGGCAGAUCUUACCCAGAUGGACUGUGUCGUGACUGGAGGAAACGUGAAAGUACUUGCCAAGGCCAUUCAUUCCCUUUCGAGGAUCGGGGACGAGUUGUACCUAGAACCACAGGAAGAUGGGCUGACCCUCCGGACUGUGAACUCCUCGCGUUCGGCCUACGCCUGCUUCCUAUUCGCUCCACUUUUCUUCAGCAGGUAUGUUAACCCAGAGGGACAUGGCUUCCGCUGUAAGAUGGCCAUUAAGAGUGUGCAGGCGGUCUUCAGGUCUCUGGCCACCCUGGAAAAGACGGUGGAGAAGUGCCACAUCGAGCUGGACGCAGACCGGAACCGGCUGACCUUCACCCUGCACUGUAAACACGGGCUGCUGAAGACUCAUAACCUCUCCUUCCAGGACAGUGAGAGCCUGCAGGCCGUGUUUGACAAGGACAGCUCUACUAACGUGCUCAAAGCGCAGCCAAGGGUGCUCACGGACACCGUGCUAAACUUCCCUCCGUCUCUCGAUGAAGUGACGGUUACCGUGAGCGACGAGCGGGUCUGGUUCAGGAACCACGUCGACCAGGAAGCAGAGCCGUCCAAGGCCAUGCUCACAGAGCUGUGCUUGUCUUCAGACGAGUUUGACCACUUUGAAGUCAGAGCUCGAAGCAGUGUCACCUUCUGCCUCAAGGAGCUAAGGGGUCUGCUGGUGUUCGCUGAGUCCACCGGUCUGCCUGUCUCCAUGUACUUUGGCAAGCCCGGCAGUCCUGUCGUGCUGUCGGUGACGGACAGCGUUCUGGACGGUAACUUCGUGUUGGCCACGCUGUCCGAUGAGUCGGGGGUCCAGACCUCUGACCGAGCUGGCACGCCAGCGCCCCCUGCUGACGACUUCAUGAACGACGAGCUGGAGUCGUACCUCAUCGCCAUGGAUACUAGCAUGGCAGCAGGGCCCUCGGUCCCGGCCCCCCCGGCCCCCCUGGCCCCCGGCCGGGUGGUGUCCCCCACUGCCACGCCCGACCCAUGGAGCCCAGCCCACAGCGAGCCAGGAGAGGACCUGACGGAGGAGGAGGAGGAGCCUGGAAGACCCCCCAAUAAGAAGUUCCGGUCUCUGUUCUUCGGGUCGGUGUAUCCCCCUGGCUCUCCGCUGGGCGGCCACACCCCAAGCAGCCAGAAGGUGCUGGCCAGCGACAGUGAGGACGACGGAUAGAGGCAGGGCCAGUGAGGGGCCCGCCUUCAGCCCGCCUCUGAGGCCCGCCCCUGAGGUCAGACCAGGCCCACCACUGAGGCCAGCGACUGUGGGAAUGACCUGAGGCCAUCGACAGUGAGGACAGCUAAAGGCAGGGCCCCUGAGGGCCUCGGGCGUCAGGGGUCGCCCGUGAGGCUGAAUCCAGAGGGGGAUGGUUCACAUCGUGGCCUUCGGUCGUUUCUAUGGGAACGGACAUGGAUACCUUCAACACUUGCUCUUCAUUUAUUCUCACACUUAAUGACAAAUAAGUUUGCUGUUUGUUGGUUAUUUUAUUACCUAGACUUAUUUAAACAGUGAAACUCGUCUGCAUGUAAAGAAUUCCAAAAAGAUUUAUUGAACUGUACUGAUGCUGUUAAAUUUUUAAUUUUUGUACAUUACUAAAAUAACUUUGACUAGAGACACUUGAUGUUAUAUUACAGCACUGGGCUAAGUGUUGGUCAGAGUACAGCACACAAAAAUAAAACAGACAUUGUUUGGCGCUGGAUACAAAAAAAAAA